AUGUCGCACGUCACGUCUCCAACCGGCCCAGUGCUGGGAGCUCACCCUCGUCGCUGGGCCGUAGUUGGCGACGUCCUCAACCAAAACAAGCCGGCGUUUGAUGUCGCCGCUCGGCUUGAGGCCUGCGGCCGCAAUGUCGCCCGAGUGUCGCCGUACUGCAAAUCUGGAGAGGUUGCCACCUCGCUGGAGGCCGUGCCCGGCGAGAUCGACGCCGUCAACCUCAUCAUCUCGCCAAAGCUUGGCGUCGACGUGCUGGAGGCCGCUGCGGCUCGGGGAAUCAAGUGCGCUGCCGCGUGGGAUCCAUACACAAAGCACCGCGCCUUCACAGGGCGCCUAUUCCGCCUGUUCCGCCUGCAGGGCUGCGUUCUCGUGACUCCGUUGCCGCCGCUGCCUCAAGAGUGA